GUAAUUUAUCAAAAAAUAAAAAAUAAUAAAUAACCAGCGAUAAUAACACAAAGGCCCGGGCCGGUGAACUUACCUAUUGGGUUGGAGACUUGGAGUACCGGCUGGUAUGCUUACCGCUGUAGGUGUUGCGAUAUCUUUGUGUGUGUUUGCGCGGCGUCUCUGCUCCGACGAUGGCGGGAUUCUUGGGUCUCAAGUUCCCAUCUUUGUUCGCCAAGCCGGCUUCUUUGAGCUCUUUGGCUGGUGUUGUUGCUGCGGCGGUGCCGAUAUCUAAUGCGCAGACUAGGGAGCGGCUGCGGAUGAAGCAGAUCUUCCAGGAAGCUCGUGAGCGAUGUCGUAAUGAUCCUUUGGAUGGCGUCCGUUUCACUCUUGAUGAAUUUCAUGAUGCUCUUGACCAGUGUGAUUUUGGCUUUCCGGUUGGAUCUAAGAUUAAAGGGACUGUCUUCAUGACAGAUGACAAUGGUGCCCAUGUUGACAUCUUUGGAAAAUCAUCUGCAUACUUACCUCUCCAUGAAGCAUGCCUUUAUAAAGUAAAGCAUGUUGCAGAGGCUGGUAUACAUCCAGGCUCACAAGAAGAGUUCAUUGUGGUUGGUGAGAAUGCUGAAGAUGAUUGUUUGGUUUUGAGCUUAAGGUCAAUCCAAUGGGAUCUUGCAUGGGAAAGGUGCAGGCAGCUUCAGCUUGAAGAUGCUCCAAUCAAGGGUAAGGUCAUUGGAGGAAAUAAAGGAGGUGUUGUUGUUAUUGUGGAAGGUCUUCAUGGCUUCAUACCAUUUUCACAGAUCACAAUGAAAGCAUCUGCAGAAGAACUGAUGAACAAGGAAUUGCUUCUGAAAUUCAUGGAAGUAGAUCAAGAACAAUCUAAACUUGUCCUCAGUAAUUGCAAGGCCAUAGCUUCCAGUCAGGUGCAAUAUGGAAUUGGAUCCGUUGUCACAGGAAUUAUCCAAAAUGUUAAGCCAUAUGGUGCCUUUGUUGACAUCGGUGGAAUCAGUGGUCUCCUCCAUGUUAGCCAGAUCAGCCAUGAUCACAUCUCAGACAUUUCUAAGGUUUUACAACCCGGUGACACCCUAAAGGUGAUGGUAUUGAAUCAUGAUCAUGUAAGAAACCGACUGAGUCUUUCUACAAAAAAACUAGAACCAACACCUGGUGACAUGAUACGUAAUCCAAAGCUCGUCUUUGAGAAGGCAGACGAGAUGGCUCAGUUGUUCAUGCGGAGAAUUGCUCAAGCAGAGGCUAUGGCUCAUGAAGACAUGCUGAGAUAUCAAAUCGAGGAAGUGUUAUAGGGAGCUUCUGACCUCAGAGAUAGCACUCCUUUGCUUCAGUUGAAGAACAGAACACACAUAAUAGAAAUAUUGUACUUGAAAGGGGGUGUAAGAUGAUAAGAUUGAAUGGAAGGGGUUUUUUUGUUAUUUUAUUCGAUGUUUUUGUAAAUUUCUUGACAUCAAAUGUUCAAUAGCUUGUGAAUAAUUGAAAAGCAGUUGUUAGAUUUUGCCUGCAAAUCCCAAC